ACUGCCCGGCAUGGCCGCUGUGUCAGCUCCUCCUCCCCCGCCACCACUGCCCGGCAUGGCAGCAGUGUCAGCUCCUCCUCCCCUGCCACCACUGCCCGGCAUGGCCGCUGUGUCAGCUCCUCCUCCCCCACCACCACUGCCUGGCAUGCCUCCGCCGCCUCCCCCACUGCCCGGCAUGGGAGGCGUGCCUCCGCCUCCUCCCCUACUGCCCGGCCUCGAGGGCAUGCCACCCCCUCCCCCUCCAGAAGGCAAUGUGGAGGAAGUAGUGGUUGCCCACGUUGACUAUGCUUUGGGCUAUGCCAGGCCUUUCCCCAAGAAGGUGAAGACUCCAACCCUGAGAAUGAAGAAACUCAACUGGCAGAAACUGCCCUCCAAUGUGGUACGAGAAAGUCGCUCCAUGUGGGCAUCAGUGAGCAGCGGCAGCGAUGAAACUAUAGAGCCUGAUUACAUGAGUAUUGAGCAGCUUUUUUGUUUUCCGCAAACAAAGCCCAAAGAGAAAGCAGCUACCCCAGUGAAAGUGGAACCAAAGGAGAUCACAUUCUUAGACUCCAAGAAGAGUCUCAAUCUGAACAUAUUUUUGAAGCAAUUUAAAUGCUCAAAUGAAGAGGUAGUUGACAUGAUUGAAAAAGGGGACAGGACCAAGUUUGAUGUAGAGGUUCUGAAGCAGUUACUGAAGCUGCUACCCGAAAAGCAUGAGAUAGAAAACCUGAAAGCCUUCAAAGAAGAAAAAGCCAAGUUAGCAAGUGCAGAUCAAUUUUAUCUUCUCCUUCUCAGGGUUCCCAGCUACCAGCUGCGGAUUGAGUGUAUGCUGUCAUGUGAAGAGACCACCGUCGUCCUAGAUAUGCUACAGCCAAAAGCAGAAGCGAUCAGGAAAGCCUGUGAAGAUCUUCUAACGACCCAUCGCCUGCCAGUUUUUUGUCAACUGAUUCUCAAAGUUGGAAACUUUCUUAACUACGGAAGUCACACUGGAGAUGCCGAUGGCUUUAAAAUUAGCACUUUACUCAAACUAACUGAAACCAAAGCAAACCAAACCCGUAUUACUCUGCUUCACCAUAUUCUGGAGGAAGUAGAGAAAAGUCACACAGACCUCCUACAGCUUCCCAAGGACCUUGAAUGUGUCUCAAAGGCAGCCGGAAUUAAUCUUGAAAUCAUACGCGCGGAAUCCAGUUCCAAUUUAAAGAAGCUGCUGGAACUUGAACGAAAGGUUUUGUCCUCGAAAGAUGACGUGAAAACCCAGUAUGAGACGCCCAUCCAGGACAGCAUAAAUGCAUCAAAGAAGUUGGAGGAGGAGUUUGAAAUCAUUGAAAGGAAGAAGGGGGAACUUGCAAAUUAUCUCUGUGAAGAUGCAAACAAGCUGUCAUUAGAAGAUAUAUUUUGCACCAUGAAAACCUUCAGGGAUCUCUUCAUUAGAGCACUAAAGGAAAACAAGGACCGGAAGGAACAAGCUGCAAAGGCAGAAAAAAGGAAGAAGCAGUUGGAAGCGGAAGAGGCUAAGAGACAAAAGGGAGACAAUGGGAAGAUCAUUAAGAAAGGGGCCGUGAAGCAGGAGGAGGUGUGUGUUAUUGAUGCCCUGCUGGCCGACAUAAGGAAAGGUUUCCAGUUGCGGAAAACGGCUAAGAACAAGAGUGAGCCGAACACUGCUCCUAAAGCCUCACCUGCCGAAACGCUGAACGAGAGGGAGCCUGGAAAGAGCGUUGAUGCUUCAGAAGCAGCAGCAGCGAAAGAAAGUGCCUAUGAGACCAAGCAAAAGGAUAGCAAUCAGCACACAGAAAACACUCCUGCCUCAGAAACUGCUGCCAUUGCAAGGGCUACCGGUAAAGUUGUCAAAGAGGCACCAGCUUCCAACGAAGUGCUUCCUAAAGAUGGAGCUGGAGGAAAUUCGCUACAACAGCCCUGUACUGACAGGAGCUUCCAACCUUCAGCUGAAGUUGAGGGAACCCAUCAGCCCAACAAUGGAGUGAGUAUUCAGCAGAUCAACGGCUCAUGUAGCUUUCCAGAGAACGUGGAAUACAGCCCCAUUGUGUUUGUGCCAUUGAACCCAGAAACAACUAUAAAGUUUGCAAGCAGCUCUUCAGGCAACUGCAUUGGUUUAGAAGAGGAACUGAACAGCUCCAUCUCAGGAGACAAAAACAAUGAGUUCGGACCCCAUCAGUUAGAAGGAGGCCCUGUGUCUAAUGAACAAACGUCACAACCAAGUGAUGCAGUUGGGAAUGAAGCUAAAACCAGAGAUGAAGUAGCACCUGACGGUGCUGAAAUGACUCCAACCAAAGAGUCGAGUUCUCAGCAUACAGAGGUAAGGGAGACAGAGAAAGAAAAUGACCCUGCUGUGGACUCAUUGCUGGACACCUCUCAGGAGAAAUCCUUCUCAGAAGAGCCAGUGACUGAUUCUUCUUGCUCCGCAACAGUCCCUCCGGCGCAAGCACUUACUGACAAGGAAAGGCAAAGAGGGUCUGAGAAACGGAGAAAGAAGAGACGACACAGCAAAAGCCAGUCAGGUGUCAGAACAAAGCAGAAGAAUAAAUAACAAGGAGUCAGUGAAAUGCUCACAAAUCCGUAUAAUGCUGCCAUUCUCUAGGAAGCACAUUCCACAGUGUUGAAAUUCCAUUACUGAUCAUGUUUGUAGUAAUAUCUUGGGAUGUAAAGUUUCUUCUAAAAUGGUCUUUCACUAAUCCUUCCUUGGGGAUUCUAUGUAUCCAGCAAAUAACAGCCAGAUGCAAGAGACUUAAGCACCUUCAGAAUGUGCCUUAUGUGAAUGCUGCCAGGGUCUGAUGCUGAAAACGCUUCAUGCCCAGAACUUCUGUGGAAGCUGAUGGGAGUUCCAUGUGUCGAGGGCUGAUAGGAAUAGGCCUCUGAUAAACUUCAUUUGGGAUCAAAUCCUGCAGUCCCUUCCUGGGCCAAACUCUUACUGAAGACAAUGAGGCCAUGGCCUGGGAAAUGAGUGCAGCAUUUUACCCCAUGAGUCAUUUUAAAGACAGCAGUGCCUCCAAAACUGAAUUAGGCACUGUCAUCAGCAUCUGAUUGGAAAUCUGUUACUUCCCAUUCUAGUGCCCUACCAACAACUGGAACUGAUGUUGAACCAAAUAAAAGACCCAAUUCAGAUGAACAUACUUUCCCUUGCUAUCGUUUUAGACAGGGGAUAUCUAUUAAAGGAAAAUGUGUUGUAGUGAACAGCUGGCUGUUUGAACACUAAGGACUUGUCUAUAUGGAGAGUUAGUUUGUGUCAAAUUGGAGUUCAAAUGUACUGUGCACUUUGAUCUACUCCAGUUUCAGUUUGGGGCCAUAUUCUACUUAUUUCAAAUGGGAAUAGAUCCAAGUGCACUACAGAACUUCUAGUGGGCAUUCGGAGGGUCCACACUGCCUGUUAGUGUGCAUGACAGGCUGAGGCAUUGCACUCCAGCUUGCUGCACACUAACACUCCAUAUACACAAGUCCUAAGGCCUGGAUCCUGUAAAGACUUAAACACACAUUAACUUUAAGCAUGUGAAUAGUCCUCUGGAGUUCAGUGGAACUUCUGACAUGCAUAAAGUUAGACACAUGCAUAAGUCUUUGCAGGUUUGGGGCCUAGAGUAUCUAUUUUGUUAAAGAAACAGGAAGAGAUUUUUCUAGGGUGAUCCAUUCAUAAUAUUUAAAAUAAUAUUAUUUGGCAGAUCUCUGGUUCUGAAUAUUUAUUGCCUGCUGCAUGCACUCAAAGGCACUUGGAAUCAAACUACAGAAUGUUAAGAGUCUGUUUCAGUUUAAAAGAAUAGUUAUGCAAUUUGUGCUUUAAAACCAGGAACCUGCAGUAUUUUGUGUUAAGAAAUCAGAGCUUUAUUUCUGAAUUAUGUUUUAUAAUAACCUUGUACCAUAUAAUUUUGUACAUAGCUGUCAAUUUAAAAUUCUGUAUGUUUGUUCAAUCUGUAUUGCAAUAUUAGAUUGCAGUGGAAACCGUGUAGAAAAUCAUUACUUUUAGCAAUCAUGCCUAUAUACAGUAACUUGCUGAGCAUAUAUAAUAGUGUUCAGGCUAAGCUAUUUUGUAUUGCUUAUUAAGACUUGAUCAAGGGUCAUUUACUAACAUCUGUACUGGAUGAAGUUCAGAAUUAAAACAGGGGCUUCCUUUAACUAAAAACUUUGCUUGGAGUGUGGUGAAAAUUGGUUAACUACAGCAAUUACCAGUUUAGAAUGGAGUGCUGUCAUUAUCAGAUUCAGCUGCAGAAAUCCUCUGUAGCAGUGUAGCAAAGCUGCAUUUGAAAUCAAGUUCCCCACUGGUGUAAACAUGUAGAGGUUCAUUACCUUCAGUGGAGCUACGCUAUCAGCAGUGAAUGUGACCCUUCGUCAUGAGAAAACACACACACACACACACACACACACACACACACACACACACACGUGCUUAGGGGUCAGUCACUGUUGUAAUGGUCAUGGCUGGAGGGCUAGCUGCACCCAGUUCCCUUUUUGGUCUCUCUGGAUAUAUCCCCUCAAGUGUCAGACCUUUACCUAUCCCAGGGUGGAAUUCUACAGUUCUCCCAUUCAGACUGGGACCUGGGCUUCAGAACCCUGGGACUCAACCAUGCUCACCCAGCAGGUCUGACUGGGUUCCGCAUUUAUGGUUCUUCCCUUCAGGAGCCUGCGGCCAGUGGUGUUUAGUGACAAAACUGUCUUACUGAAACCAGAGUAUUGAUCGUUUUACUUAUAGUAACAAAGCAUGUAGAGAAAAAGCAUUUUAGGACAACAAACAGUCCACACUUGUCCAUCUUACCCAAAGGCUUACCAUCCCCUCAGG